GCGGCCCCGCCCCCUACUCCCGUCAGCAGCCGUGGCCGGAGCGGCUACAGCGGCCGCGGGAGCUGGUCAGUUCCCGCAUUCUCCUCCUCCUCCCCCCCCCAAGCGCCCUCGGCCAUGGUGUCCCUCGGCUCCGUGACUAACCGGCUGGGCUCGGUGUUCCCCUUCCUGCUUGUCCUGGUGGAUCUGCAGUACGAAGGUGCAGAAUGUGGAAUAAAUGGAGAUGUCGAAAAACAUCUUGAAAUGGGCAAGAAAUUAUUGGCAGCUGGACAGUUAGCAGAUGCCUUAUCUCAGUUUCAUGCUGCAGUAGAUGGUGAUCCAGACAACUAUAUUGCUUAUUAUCGGAGAGCUACUGUUUACUUAGCCAUGGGCAAAUCUAAAGCAGCAAUUCCUGACCUAAGUAAAGUGGUUGAAUUGAAGACUGAUUUUACAGCAGCACGAUUACAGAGAGGUCAUUUACUACUUAAACAAGGAAAGCUUGACGAAGCAGAAGAUGAUUUUAAAAAAGUGCUAAAAUCUCAUCCAAGUGAGCAUGAAGAAAAGGAAGCCCAGUCUCAACUGCUGAAAGCUGAUGAAAUGCAGCGCUUACGUUCACAGGCGCGUUCAGCUUUUGAUCGGGAAGAUUAUCAAGCAGCUAUAUCUUUCCUUGAUAGUAUUUUAGAGGUUUGUGUUUGGGAUGCAGAGCUUCGAGAACUUCGGGCUGAAUGCUUUAUAAAGGAAGGGGAGCCAGGGAAAGCUAUUAGUGACUUAAAAUCUGCUUCCAAAUUGAAGAAUGACAAUACUGAGGCCUUUUAUAAAAUCAGCACAAUAUACUAUCAUCUGGGAGAUCAUGAACUGUCACUCAGUGAAGUCCGGGAAUGUUUAAAACUUGACCAAGAUCAUAAAAGAUGCUUUGCACACUAUAAACAAGUAAAGAAGCUUAAUAAACUUAUUGAGUCAGCAGAGGAGCUUAUCAGAGAAGGCAGAUAUGUAGAUGCAGCUAGCAAAUAUGAAUCUGUAAUGAAAACAGAGCCAAAUACACCUAUUUAUACUAUUCGUUCCAAAGAAAGGAUUUGCCAUUGCUUCUCCAAGGAUGAAAAACCUGUUGAAGCUAUUAAAGCAUGUUCAGAAGUUUUACAACUGGAACCUGCCAAUGUGAAUGCUCUCAAAGACAGAGCAGAAGCCUAUUUAAUCGAAGAAAUGUAUGAUGAAGCUAUUCAGGAUUAUGAAACUGCACAGGAACACAAUGAAAAUGAUCAACAGAUUCGAGAAGGACUAGAGAAAGCUCAGAGACUCUUGAAACAGUCCCAGAAAAGAGAUUAUUACAAAAUCUUGGGAGUAAAAAGAAAUGCUAAAAAACAAGAAAUCAUCAAAGCAUACAGAAAGCUAGCACUGCAGUGGCACCCAGAUAAUUUUCAGAAUGAAGAAGAAAAGAAAAAAGCAGAAAAAAAAUUUAUCGACAUAGCAGCUGCUAAAGAAGUACUUUCAGAUCCAGAAAUGAGGAAAAAGUUUGAUGAAGGAGAAGAUCCCUUAGAUGCAGAAAGCCAACAGGGAGGUGGUGGCAACAGUUUCCAUAGAAGCUGGAAUUCAUGGCAAGGCUUUAACCCCUUCAGCUCAGGAGGACCAUUUCGAUUUAAAUUCCACUUUAAUUAAAACCAACAAUGUUUUUCUGCUACUAUUCCUUCUCCUCUUAACUUUUUUAAAAUUAGAAAACAAAUCUUAUUCCAGUUCCAGGACCCUAAUGAAAUAUUUCAAAUUUUUCUGUUGUCCAUAACCAAAGAAUUGUUUUAAUAGGAAGAAUCUUUUCCUGUCCAUUUUAAACUCUCUUGUUGGCUGGGGGUGCGAUGAUGAGUGAUGGUACAUGGUUCAGUGCCCGUGUGAAGCAACCAAGUCUGGGGCAGACUCUCUUGUAUAAGCACUAAUGUAUUUUUUAUACUUUUCUGCAUUGGAGCAAAUGCAAAUCCUUCCUCCUGUCCAAUCCUUGUGUGGUGUGUCAGUACCUACAUAUGGUGCAUCUGUAAGCAUACAUAAGCCAAAAAAGAAGCUGUUCUCAGAAGACUGGGCAUGUUUCAGUAUUCUAAAAGUAAAAGAUUAAUGAUGAGACCAAAUUCUAAACUGUAUUGUUUUGAGGUAACUUGGUUUUCUGAAGCGUAGACUGCUAGACUGGGAUUUUGAACAAACAGAACAGUUAUUGAUUUCUAAUACUUUCAAAUGUUUAUUUGUUAAUAUUUGAACUUCCUUAAUACUGUAUUCAAUUUAAUGAUAUUUCUUCUGUAUGGUUACAAGUAAAGAAGUGAGAAUUCCUCAUUUAGAAAACUUGCUACCAAAUGACAGCUGGGUUUGGACUCUUGAUUGGGGUUAGAAAGCACAUUUUAUUCUUUUUUUUUUUUUUUUUGGUAGCUGAAUGAGAUUUCUUCAGAACUGCAUAAGUGGAAUUGGAUGUCCUGAUGACCUGGGAGAAUUUUUAUUUAUGACUAAAAAGAGACACUUUGUUUCUCUAAAAAGUUAUUUUCAAAUGUUGAAAAAUUUUUAAACACUAUUGCUUCUAUACAAGUAGAGAGAAAUAUUGUUUAGUAAUGAGUUCUUAACCUCUCUUACAAAAUUUUCAUGACCAAGAUUUGGUUUUGAAACUUAAAGUUGCUUUUCCAGGAUAUAUAGGCCUUUGAAUGCAGUAUUUCAGCAUUCUUUAUUGUAGUGGCUCUGUGAGAGUGAUUUUCCCCUCCCUUGGAGCCAGACCCGAACACGUGGACCACCAGUGGUUCCGAGGAUCCUGUUUUGCUUAAUUCUGGAUUUAUAGGACUAUUAGUUUCCUGGAACAUUUCAAAAUCAGAUAGUCACCUUUACUAAAGGUACUAGUCUGAUUUCAAGCUCCUGGGAUUUUAUAGUCUUCCACAAUCUUUUUUUUCCCCCUAGAAGAAGGUGCCUCAACUUGGCUGAACUCAACCCAAGUUUCCACCAUCAUUUCUCUAUAACAAUGAUAUUUAUCUCCUGAUAGGUCAUUUGUUCCUUUAACUUUGUAGAAAAUUUAGUCAAUUACCAUGAUGUCUAAUUGUCUCUCCAUAAAUGUAAAGCAUUGAAAAGUUUUCAUUGAUUUGCAGUUAUUUGUUUUAUAAUGUCUUGAAGCUCAAUCUACUACAAUAUGCAAAUGUACAAUGCAAGCUGUAUCGUUUAACUCUUUGAAAAAAUCUUAAGCAUUUGUACAACUGGAACUAAUUCUGUUAUCUAAAGAAAUUAUUUUCGAAUCUGGUCUUUUAUCACAAAUUUUCCUUGGCAUCACACCAAGAAGACUACAACACAGCUGGUAGCCCUGCAGUAGUAGGGAUCUUCAAAACCGCAGAUCAAAAUAUAUUAAGUGCCAGAGCCUAACAUUUAAAGAAUACCUGCCAGAUCUGAGAGUGUUUGUGAUGGUCGUGGAUAGUGUUGCAUUGGGAAUUCGUGUUCUUCAGGGUAUUGGUUAUUGAUGUAGCAUCUGACUUCAGACUGCAUGCCUGAGUUUUCACCUCUCAGAACAACCAUGAUUCCAAAUCCUGAAGUCAGUCAUUCGCCCAUGGGAGGUGGGCAGUUAUGUUCAGAAGCACCAUAAUUAUAGAUUAGAAAAACUCGACAGCUUUAGCGCAUCCACGAAGAGAUAAGCUAUAGAUUGCACUGUGCCAAUUCCAUUAAAGAGGAAGUGAGAUGUCUACACUGGGAUUGCAUUCUGCUACUUAAGGAAGAAAGCAGGAAGACUGAAGCUCUUAACCCUUUCUCAGUGAAUGCAGGGAAGUUCUUCCUGUUUGGAAAGACUAUAAUGUUUGCAACAGUGGUACAGGAACAUCCGCAUAUUAAGGGAUCAUACAACAGUUUGUCUGCCUUAAGAUAGGAAGCCACACUGUACAAUGGGAAGAACUCGAAUGGUGAAAGUUUAUUUUAACUCAUUUCGUUAGUGACUGCUGCUCUUGUGCACUUUCUGCUGACAUUCUGCUUUUGGUCACAGGCACAAAGCAUUUGUAGCUCUUUCAGUAAAAAAUAUGCAGCAAGUCACAUGUAAGGUUACAUUAUCCUUAACUCUAUUGUGUUCUCUUCUGAAAUUACUCUUUUCAUUAAUGAGCUCCCUAAAUAAAAUGUCACUGGUCUAUUCCAUUGCAGAAAGCUGGUUUAAUGGGAGUUACACAUGGCAAAAAAAGUAUUAAUCUGCACAGGAUGCAAAAGCAAUCUUAAGAAGGAUGGUUUAAAACUCAUUGAGAAGUCUGAAAGUAUGUACAGAAGUUUGUGCUUUUUACCAUGAAUAAAUGAAAAUGUAAGCAAUUUAAGCAGCCUCUGCUGAAGUGACUUUUAUAAUAAAAAAUCUAGCCAACUAUCAAUUUGACUUUUAAAAAAAGACAGUUUUCUAUUUCAGAUCAGUAUUAUUCUAGCCUUUUGAGUGUCAGUAUGAAAACAUUUGGGAAAAUUUUGGUCUUUGACAAUGGGAUCUAAAACUGCCCACAUCACUUGAAAGAAAAUAAUAUUUCCCCACCCCUAAAAAAGAGGAUAAUUAAAAGAUACACUUUUACAAUCACAAUCCAUAGAAAACAGUGUCAUUUUAUUCAUGGUGAGAAGUGACAGUUUUCACCUGAGAGAAUCAGUUGACCAAGUUUUUGCCUUAUUGUGAUAGUACACCAUUUAGUUUGCCUUGCAAAAAGAUUUGACCAGUAUGUCAAAAGAAUAGUUGUAAAAUCAGUCUGUACAGCCUUACUGAUUGACUGUAGUUUCCUUUUCAAUAUCCAGAGAGGAAGGAGGAAGGCAGUUGUAAUUCUUCAAUGACUAAUACAGUUUUACUGUAAAUCAGAUCAUUCCUGUUAAUCACUACUUGUUAGUGGCAAGAAAUUUACUACAUUUUAAACAGGAUGAUAGUAGGUAGGGUAACUCAGUCUUGUUGCAGAUAUCUCUUGCUUGCUGUCUGAUUUAAGAUAAAUUAGCCACUGCGUGGCUCUGUGGAGUAACAAAAUUGUAUUGCCUUUGUUUAUCUACAUUUGCAACACCUCUGCCUGCAGUGAGAAAGAUUGGCAGAGGUUAAGAACUGGUGAUCUUUCUUAAUGUAAGUUAGGUACUACUCCUGCCCUAAAGUUAUAAUAGUUCAGCGAUUUGAGUGAGAUGACUAACUUAAUGCAUCUUAAAAUUUUUGAAUGUUUUAUAUAAAAAAAGGAAAGGAACCUGAAACGCAGUGAACUGGGUCUCAGAUAUGUCUACAAAUGUGGGUACUAUUUUUAUGCCAGUGUAUUUUCACAUUUAAUAAAGAUAUUUAUGGUGAUA